ACGUUUUUACGUCACAAUCAGCAGUCGUGGAGUCUUGUAAUUGUCGCGUGGUUAACCAUUGCGUAUUGGAACCAAGGCUUAGUUUCGAGAUCUCCGAACGAACAAGUCUGCUGAUAGCUAAGCCACUAAUUUUUACAGAAUACAAACCAACUACCGGAUAAUACGUAGAUAGAAUCUCUGUGUCUUUAUUGCGUACAAAUAGGGAGGUAUGUUUGGUCGUCGCGGUUAUGUAGGUGACAGCUCGCGUUGAAGGUUAAGAAACGCCCAUCUUGGUUAAUACAUCUCCAGUUCCCAUCGUGGUGGUUGAGUAGAUUUUCUAGAAUGAGGGGUGGAGGAAUGUUCGAUACCCACGACUUUGCCAAACGUAUAAGGCGAUUCAUUGAUGGCAAUCACUCAUAUCGCAAGCUCCUCAUAUUGUUGGUCAUUUGCGGAGCGCUGCUGCUCUACCUUGGACCUUCCGUUGCUCAGUGGUUGUUUGCCAGUAGCCAAAGACCGAUCGAAGCAUUUGAAGAUCAAUGCAUCAACGAAAGACUCGCUAGUGCAUUUUUUGAUGCCGCUGAAUACAAUGCUAUCAUCUCACCUUCUUCCGACGAUCAUUCUUAUUUGCCUUACGUUGGAAAUGGAGUUUUCGGUAUUCCCGUGACUCCUGAAGCUUGGCUCUAUAUAAAAAAUGGAAGAACGCUAUCUCUGAGGGUUCCUUGGCAGCCGAUAUUAACACAUCCAAAUUCCGACAACACUCCUUCUCGGGAAGCCACUGUUACGCAUUUAACCACCGGGAUAGUUCAUAGAUAUCAAUGUUUUCGUGAAGGGUAUCACGUUGAAUUUCAGUAUUAUGCUCACAGAAGCCUCGAUAGGAUUUUUGUUCAAGAAAUCAAGAUAGCCAAUCCCCUCGCAGUUUCUCAAGAAGUUCCGCUCAAGCCUCAAACAUCAAUGCAUUGGAGGGACUCAGGCACCGAGGCAGUACAAGUUCAAGUUGAAGGACUCCCCAACUACGAGUACACUUCAACCUCAGGAUUCGUUUCUUUGCCAGGUUCUGACAAGAUUGUGGCCGUCGCUGUGGUGUAUCGUUCACCGCCAAAAACAUUCCAUGUUACAGCGCGAAGUUUUAUGAAGCUGCAAUUUCUUACUAGCGUCCAUUACAGUGAACCUGUAUCAUCAGAUUCAUAUAUCGCAAGGAAACAAUUGUUGCAAGUGUCACAAAAAAAGGCAUUGGAGGAUAUGAAAAGAGCUCUUGUGCAACAACAACAAGGAUUAAAGGAGGAACAUACGUUAGUUUGGCAGAGUUACUGGCAUACAGGCAUCAGAAUCAGCAAUUCGAAAGCUAAAGGUGCGAUAAACGGGCACAAAAUCAACUCCACAAUGUACUACGUAUUGUCUCAAGUUCCCGCGGGUAUACCAGAUGUCGAAAAAGAUGUCGCGAACAACGAGGGUUGCUACCGAGGUCAUCACACUCUAGACGCUCCACGACUCUGGCAAGACACAUCAACAAUUGAGGGUGUUAAUGACAUUGUUGGAGCAUGGCUGGUUACCUUGGAAAAGCAGGGAUGUCACCAUCUGAUGGUUGGUGGACCGGCAGCUGUUCAACAAGCGAUUGUUCUCAGUUUAGGAUCCUUGAGGUUCAGCAACCAGCACUUGGAGUUUAAUAUAGAUCCACAGUACUUGCAUCGCGACUACUUCUUCAGGCGCAUAAGUUAUGGCAACGUAACUCACUUAAACAUCUCAGUAAUGGUGGGCGAAGAUAAUCGCGCGGUUCUGGGUGUUGCACUUGAUCGCAGCGAUACUGUUUAUUAUGGAUGCGAUGCUGGCUGCUUAGACUCUCCAGUACCACUGAGUCAAUCCUGGACUAACUUCCCAGUGAAGCUAACGAAACCGUUGACAGCAAUAUUGUACAUAACGUCCGAUCAACAGCACAUGCAAGACUUGCGUAAAGCUCUGCACGUCCACGAGGUUGAUGAGGCACCGGCGCACGAUCAUCACGUGAUGGCGUUGCACAAGCACGGCCAUCGUUUGGGGGGUCUGCCAACUUUAUUUUGGAUCAGUAUUUGCUUCCUGAUUGUCGUGUUCCACUUAUUUUUAUGCAAACUUAUCCUCAGCGAGUACUGCGACCAUCAGGACCGUCAAAGAACACGUUACGGCAAACCCUGAUAGUUCUUCGAGUCAUAGUUAUACUCUGUAUAAAAUACGUGUAUAUACCAUAUGUAUUUUUUUACUACCUUCGAAUAAACUGUGCUUAAGCUUCA